UAGUAGAGACUUCGCCUUCUACAUAUAAGUUGGACAACGUGCACGAGUGUACUUCUGCAGGUUAUUCAAGUUUGUAAUAAAUAAAAAUACGUUUUGUGACAAUGGCUACAGCUAAUGCCAUUAAGAGACUUGUACCUCUCUUUGAUAGAGUUCUUAUACAAAGAGCUGAAGCUAUAACAAAAACAAAAGGUGGUAUUGUUUUACCAGAAAAAGCACAAGCAAAAGUUUUACAAGGAACUGUUGUCGCAAUUGGACCAGGACAAAGAAAUGAUAAAGGAGAACAUGUUCCUUUAAGUAUCAAGGUUGGUGAUGUAGUAUUAUUGCCAGAGUAUGGUGGAACUAAAGUAGAACUUGAAGAUAAUAAAGAAUUUCAUUUAUUCCGCGAGUCAGAUAUAUUGGCAAAGUUAGAAGUUUAAAUUUCCUAUUAAAUUUAUGUUUGCAAUUUUUUAAGUACUAC